AUGAGUUUUGCAAACAAAGUUGUUAUUGUAACUGGUGGCAGUUCAGGCAUAGGAGCUGCGACAGCGAUAGCAUUCACAAAAGAAGGUGCAAACGUUGUAAUAGUGGGGAGAAAUGAAGAAAAACUAAACAACGUUGCAGAAAAAUGUAUCAACGCAGGAAAGAAGCCAUUAGUGAUUAAAUCAGACAUAACACAUGAUGGCGAAGCGGAGAGAAUUAUCAAAGAAACGACAGAAGCGUUCGAGAAAAUCGACAUUCUCAUUAACAACGCUGGUCUUGUAAGAUUUGCUAAUAUACUCGAUGACAUCACUUUGGAAACGUAUGAUUUAGUCAUGAACACAAAUCUUCGUUCGCAAAUUCGAAUAACUCAAGUAGUGGCUCCAUUUUUGAUAAAAUCCAAGGGAAAUAUAGUCAAUGUGUCCAGUGUAGUAUCCAAAGGAAGGCCAACUAAUCCAUUAUUGCUCAUGUAUUCUAUGUCAAAAGCAGCGUUUGAUCAAUUUUCAAGAGGAGUUGCUGCAGAUCUUGGACCUCAUGGCGUCAGAGUGAACACCAUAAGUCCAGGGUGUGUUGAAACUGAUAUACUUAUUAAUGCCGGUCUCAAUCAAUCUAUGACUGAUUCACUUCUUGACGUGCCGCUUAGAAAAAUAUCACAGUCCGAGGAAAUUGCUGACAUCAUCCUCUUUAUUACAAGUGAAAAAGCAAAUUCCAUUACUGGAUCUGAUUACAACGUUGAUAAUGGAUAUUUAUUAAAAUAUUAA